UAAUGGACGGAAGACAUGAGCAGCAGCAGCAGAACAGGCCGUCCAAAUGUAAUUCAUUAACUCGACUCAUCAGACUCCAAGGACCGGUGAGCUACGUGACUCUUCGGGUAUGGAAGCACUGAGGUUUAGGACAGCGUAGCUGUGGCUUCAAAGCCUGACGGCAGCAUGCAACAGAAAGGUUCCCUCAAGAUCAUUGAAUGGGAGGAUUUGGACAAGAGGAAGUUCUACUCCCUAGGUGUAUUCAUGACAUUGACCACCAGGGCCACCGUUUAUCCAGCCAGCCUGAUCCGGACCCGGCUGCAGGUGCAGAAAGGGAAGGCCUUAUACUCAGGCACCUUUGAUGCUUUCUGCAAGAUCCUGCGAACGGAAGGCAUUGGAGGCCUCUACCGAGGCUUCAUGGUCAACACCUUCACUCUGAUCUCAGGACAGGCGUACAUCACCACCUAUGAACUGGUGCGCAAGUACACGUCGAACUACUCACCGAGCAACACGGUCAAGUCAGUGGUGGCCGGAGGAGCGGCGUCGCUGGUGGCCCAGACCAUCACCGUUCCCAUCGAUAUAGUGUCCCAGCACCUGAUGAUGCAGGGGCAGGGGGAACAUCUGACCCGCUUCAAGGUCAAACCCAAGGUGAUGCUUGCCACAACCAAAUGCAAGCCUACCUUCGGGCAAACGCGGGACAUAACAGUGCAGAUACUGGCAGCGGAUGGUUUCAGAGGGUUCUACAGGGGUUAUGUAGCGUCGCUGCUCACAUACAUCCCCAACAGCGCCCUCUGGUGGCCUUUUUAUCACUUUUAUGGAGAAAAACUGUCCUUAAUGGCACCGAGUGGGUGUCCCCACCUGAUCCUGCAGGCUGUGGCCGGACCAAUGGCAGCAGCUACCGCCUCCACCAUCACAAACCCCAUGGAUGUUGUCCGUGCAAGAGUCCAGGUGGAGGGCCGAUCGUCUGUGGUGGAGACGUUCAAGCUGCUGCUGGCGGAGGAGGGCGUCUGGAUGGUUACCAAAGGGCUGUCGGCUCGCAUCAUUUCCUCCACACCCACCUCUGUGCUCAUCGUGGUUGGAUAUGAGACUCUGAAGAGGCUUAGCCUGCGGUCCGAGCUGAUCGAGACCAGGCACUGGUGAAAGACAACCCUCCAGCUUGACCAAGGCAGUGACCCACAUCUAUCCUACCGUUGCCAUGCAGGAAUAGAGAGUUCGGCAUCUGACCUCAUUUUUCUCUUCUUUUUUUUAUUAACUGUCCUUCAAAUCUGUUACAGAGAUGAAACGAUCCAGAACUGUUUCUGCCGCAUGGCAAAUUAUUAUCCAACCAUCUCCUAUUGUUCCAUCUGUCCUGCAGUCUGGUGUCCAUUUCAUGAAGCAGGUUUAUAGAAAACUCUAAGCAGUCUAAACCUGAACAGGGAAACUGACUUUUCAGCUUCACAAAGAGAGUUUCCUCAACCUCUGAUUCAGUCGCCAUAGUAACAUUCUUCCAGAGCUAACCUGGUCUGGUCUGGU